GGAGGGUGGCGGUGGCCAGCAGCGGCUGCGCCGAACCGAAGGGGCUGGGGCCGGCCGCGCAGAAUGCGGCGGAGGUAGUGAGGCCCCCGCGGGGAGGGGGCGGGAGGAGGCAGAGCCACUUAUAAAUGGCGCCCAAGCAGGACCCCAAGCCCAAAUUCCAGGAGGGUGAACGAGUGCUUUGUUUUCAUGGCCCUCUCCUUUAUGAAGCCAAGUGUGUAAAGGUUGCCAUAAAGGACAAGCAAGUGAAAUACUUUAUCCAUUACAGUGGUUGGAAUAAAAACUGGGAUGAAUGGGUUCCAGAAAGCAGAGUGCUCAAAUACGUGGAUACCAAUUUGCAGAAACAAAAAGAACUUCAAAAGGCCAACCAGGAACAAUAUGCAGAGGGGAAGAUGAGAGGUGCUGCUCCGGGCAAGAAGACUUCUGGUCUGCAGCAGAAAAAUGUUGAAGUGUUUUUCCGACGCGAUGGAGCGCACACGGUUUGCUGUUUGGAGACCCCUACGAUAUCGACACGGAAAACAAAAAAGAACAAACAGAAAACUCCAGGAAUUGGAGAAGGGAGCAGCACCAGUGAGACUCCUCAGCCUCCAAGGAAGAAGAGGGCUCGAGUAGAUCCGACUGUCGAAAGUGAAGAGACAUUUAUGAACAGAGUUGAAGUCAAGGUGAAAAUCCCAGAGGAGCUGAAACCGUGGCUGGUAGACGACUGGGACCUGAUCACCAGGCAAAAGCAGCUCUUCUAUCUUCCUGCCAAGAAAAACGUUGACUCCAUUUUGGAGGAUUAUGCAAACUACAAAAAAUCCCGAGGAAAUACUGAUAACAAGGAGUAUGCGGUCAACGAAGUGGUGGCUGGGAUUAAAGAAUACUUCAAUGUCAUGCUGGGAACUCAGCUGCUGUACAAGUUUGAGAGGCCCCAGUAUGCUGAGAUCUUAGCAGAUCACCCAGAUGCUCCAAUGUCUCAAGUCUAUGGUGCUCCACACCUGCUGAGGUUGUUUGUUCGGAUUGGAGCUAUGCUUGCUUACACUCCUCUGGAUGAGAAGAGUCUGGCUUUGCUCUUAAACUAUUUGCAUGACUUCUUAAAGUAUUUAGCCAAGAACUCCUCUGCGCUGUUCAGCGCCAGCGACUAUGAAGUAGCCCCUCCCGAGUACCAUCGGAAGGCAGUGUAACCCCCUGCUGCCUGGCAGCCAAGUGAUGCUUGGUAUCCCCCCCUGCAACACUUCUGCAUCCCCUCCUCCACCUCUCUUGCACAUGUCUCUCUUGCACAGAUGAUGUACCCAUGAAGUGAGUGAAGCUGGGUGUUCCAAAGGGAGCCGCCAUCCGUGCCCCUUCCGUGACGAUCCCUUGUCCCGCAGGAACUCUCUCUGAUGUUUCCGGCUUGCUUCUGUUGUCUGCAUCGAUGGAAUGUACAAAGAAUUGCUUGGUGGUGUUUCGUUGUUUUGAGCUCCUCAGCUCUCCUGGGCCUUGUCAGGUGAAGAUUGGCUUCCCUUUCACCUGCUUGAUUGUAACAGGCACAGGCUGGGACCCACGGGGGCUGUGCCCACCUCGUGUCGGUGCUAUCGAUUUAGUCCUUCAACCCCAUUCCCCCUCUCGACCUUGGGGAGUGAAAUGGUUGGGCCAUAAAUGUUUGCUUUAAUUGGAUAGCUGAGGGACUGUGACCUCUCUUUUUUGUUUAUAUCCUAACAAUAGGAAGAGGCUUUAUCAUUUCAUUGUGUCUUGGACAUGUUGGUCUUUCCCAGAGCUGGUUUCCAAACCUUCCAAUAAACUUUUUUGUGGGUUUGUUUUCAUUUCAGAUGUCUUCUGCUGUUUGUAUUUGCAUCAGUCCCCCUGAGGUGAUGGUGUCAGUUAAUGGUCUCAAGUGUAUGAAGUGCAGUAUAAAGUUCUGCAAUGUUAA